AUGGAUUCUUCACUUGAUAAAACGACCCUUUCGACGAUAUCGCUGCUCGAGUCGCGUCUUCUCCGUAUCGAACACCUGCUCUACGGCCCGACCGCCGCGGCACCUUUUUCGCACACCGAUUCGGCCAGUGAAACUUUGGAGGACCUUGAGCGCCGUUUCAACCACCUUCUGUCUCGCAUCCGCGUCUACGGUGAGAUUAUGAAAAUUUAUAACUCACAUCCGACCCUCUUCCAACCCCCACCGCCGUCCGAACCUCCCAUCCAACUCGGCCCCGAAGCAGUUCAGGCAACCGUCUUGGCGUCCGCUGCCUCUUUCCCCGCGACGGCCUCGUCUCUGACCUCCGUCAACGACUGCCCGAUUCCCGAGCCCUCGCAGAGCGCCGCUCUUGCCUCCCUUGUGCCAAGGAUGCGUGGUAUUGAAGCAACUCAGAUCGCGCAGGCGGCUGAAAUGGCUCAACUCCGCGCGAGAAGCGAAGAGGUCCUCAAGAGCUGGUACCAGCAAGGAGUCCUGGGGGCCUCCGACUUCGUUGCCGAUGUGGAGAGCAGGGUGGAGAGGAUAGAGCGUCGUGUACGAAGAGCCGAGCGGGAGAAAGAGGAGGCAGCAGCCAUAUGA